AAUGUUGUGAGUUCAGCAUCAAAUGUCAUAUCUUUAAUCGCCAAGAGCCGUCUCCAGCAAUGGAAAGCAACGCUCUUGUUUGACUUCUAUUUCUAUCUCUUCUAACUAGCCAGUCCCAGCCUGGUUGGACGGUUUCGUUACUUUCCAACUCAGAGUCACUGUAGUGUCCGGUCUGCCCUGAAGAAGUAGCACUGCUCAGAGGAUGUAUUCUAACCACUUGUCUUAUUAAUGCAACAAUGGCAGAAGCUCUGGGCAAGAUUGGUAAGUUAGCAGCUGUUAAUGCUAAUGUUGGCUGUAUAACACUAGCAAAACUUAUAAAAUAUAGCUCAUUUAACAAGGACAUUAGAACAUUCUAAAGGAUUAUCUCUCAGGGUACUGUGAGGUCAGUAAAAAAACAAAGAAAAAAUAUUACAGUUUAGAACAGGCUGUCCUCCAAACCUCAAUGCUUGAGUGAGAAAGGGAGGUCAGCCAGAGGCCUCUGAUGGAGCUACAAGACCCAUGGCAGAGAUAUGAGACUUCACAAGUCACAACUUCAUGAAGGAGUGGCAAAGAGAAAGUUACUCAUGUAUUACUCUUGUCUAGAACAGCCAAAGAACAUUUUGUGAAACAUUGUGUAAAACACUGUGUCGGCCAAAUAUUAGACAUCAGCAGAAUCACAGCUUCCCCAUCAUGAAGCCAGUGACGUGUCCAGGAGGCAUGGGCACAUUUGUGUAACAUGAACUUAGCAAAAUGCAGCCUUCUGAUAACUGACUUGCCUAGGAAAAGAUUUAUAUUCCAGGAAAACCUCCAAAAAUCGGAGCCAAAGUUUCAAAGAAAUUAGAUAAAAUCUCCUGAAGUGAAGAAUCCAGACAUCAAUCCAACUGAUAAAGUGUGGCAGAACUGAAGACUGUUAAUGCAACACUUAAUGCCCUUAACAGUAAAUAGUAUCUCCAGCAAUGGUUUGAACAGUUCUAAUGAAGAGUAAUGAAUAACACUGGGAGUGGAAAGAUUUUGUCCAAUAAUACUGUUGCAAAUAUUUAUUCUUAAGUUUCAUUCUAUACAUAUAUAUUGUAUUUUCAUUCCAUACUCUGAAGUUUAGUUUAAGUAUUGCCCCUGGGCUCCUACAAAUAUAUAUGUCAAAAGUAUAGGGGAGGCAAGCUCACUAAUACAAGGAAGUACUCACAUUCAAACCCACUUUGCUUCUGGGGGGUAUAAAAGAGGUGGCAGAUGGAUGAGCAGUACCUGCAACGCUGCAGCCAUGGAGAAUCUACACAGAAUGGCAAAUGACUGGGCAGACAAACAUUUCCGCACAGUCUAUGAAAAUUUUGGACGAGGUGGAUCUACUUUUCCUAACAACCGACGGAUAAUACUGUGUCUGGCACUAUUGAAUGCUGUUUUGCUGAUAGCCGCUGUUGCCAUUGGGAUUAACUGUGCCAGGGUCAAACAGGGUUCACUCCAGGUUUCCCACUCAGCUGCAACACAGCUCAUCGACGAGCUGAACUAUCUCCGUAGCAACCACAGCGACGUGAUCGAGGCCGAAGAGGAGGCCAAGAAGGAACUACAGAGGGAGAUCAAAAGCCAUGCACAGCUAAAGGUACAAAUUCAGCAGCUGAAGACCAUGAAUGACGGUUAUCAGAAACAGAUCGAGGGACUGCGAGCAGAGAAGACAACCCUGCAGUCCAAUAUGUCAGCUUUGGAGGGAACCUGCGGUAGAUGCCUCUCUACGUGGAUUCUUCUCAACUCAACCUGCUAUUUCUUUUCUUACAUUGAAUCCUCCACUGUCAAGAAGAACUGGCCAGAUAGCAGAGCGGACUGUAUCAGCCGUGGAGCCGACCUGGUUGUGAUUGAUAACCCUGAGGAGCAGAAAUUUGUGAGUGAGAGCCUCAAAACUUUGAAAGGUUCCCGUGGCAGCUGGGAGAACGGGUUCUGGAUCGGUCUUACUGACAUCGAGACAGAGGGGGCAUGGGUCUGGAUUAAUAAUGUCACUGAAGUGGAACAAAGGUACUGGAUGGAUGGAGAACCAAACAACAGCGGAGACCACGGAGAGGACUGUGCGAUGGCAGUUUAUAGAUACACUAAUCCAUGGAAGACCCGGUUUGAUGGAAAGUGCAAUGAGCAUCGGUUACCCUGGAUAUGUGAAAUGCCAUCAACAUAAACUUUAUACACGGUCCUGAAGUACUGCUGAAGCAGAAAACAUGAGCAUAUAUUUCAAACUAUCUUGAAUAAAAUACCAUUUAUGGUGUGUGUUA